AUGCCAAAGCUAGUUUUGAUUAGACACGGUCAAUCCGAAUGGAACGAAAAAAACCUUUUCACCGGUUGGGUUGAUGUCAAAUUGUCCGCCACUGGUGAAAAAGAAGCCAAGAGAGCCGGUGAAUUGCUAAGAGAAAAGAACGUCAAGCCAGAUGUUCUUUACACCUCCAAGUUGUCUCGUGCUAUCCAAACCGCCAACAUCGCUUUGACUGAAGCUGACAGACUUUGGAUCCCAGUCAACAGAACCUGGAGAUUGAACGAAAGACACUACGGUGCUUUGCAAGGUAAGGACAAGGCUGAGACCUUGCAACAAUUCGGUGAAGAAAAAUUCAACACCUACAGAAGAUCCUUCGAUGUCCCACCUCCACCAAUCGAAGCUUCUUCUCCAUACUCUCAAAAGAACGACGAAAGAUACCGCGACGUCGACCCAAGUGCCUUGCCAGAAACCGAAUCCUUGAAGUUGGUUAUCGAAAGAUUCUUGCCAUACUACCAAGACGUCAUCUCCCACGACUUGCUAGAAGGUAAGACCGUUUUGAUUGCCGCUCACGGUAACUCUUUGAGAGGUUUGGUCAAGCACUUGGACAACUUGACCCCAGAACAAGUUUCCAAGUUGAACAUCCCAACUGGUAUCCCAUUGGUUUACGAAUUGGACGAAAACUUGAAGCCAACCAAGGGUAAGUACUACUUGGACCCACAAGCCGCUGAAGCUGGUGCCGCCGCUGUCGCUGCUCAAGGCCAAAAGAAAUAA